AUGGCAAACCUUUAGAAAAGCAGCCUCCAAAGAGCCACUUUCUUCCUGACAGGCUUCCAAGGUCUAGAAGGUCUCCAUGGCUGGAUCUCUAUUCCCUUCUGCUUCAUCUACCUGACAGUUAUCUUGGGGAACCUCACCAUUGUCCACGUCAUCCGUACUGAUGAACCCAUGUACUAUUUCCAUGAACCCAUGUACUAUUUCUUGGGCAUGCUAGCUCUCACAGACUUAGGCCUUUGCCUUUCCACACAGCCCACUGUCCUGGGCAUUUUCUGGUUUGAUGCCAGAGACAUUGGCAUCCCUGCCUGUUUCACUCCGCUCUUCUUCAUUCACCCCUUGUCUCUAGUGGAGUCAUCAGUUCUGUUAUCCAUGUCCAUUGACCGCUAUGUGACCAUCUGCAACCCACUGCGUUACUCCACCGUCCUGACACCUGUACGUAUUGUCAAGGUGGGGCUAAGGUCAGUGCUUAGAAGUGCCCUCCUCAUCCUCCCUUUGCCAUUCCUCCUGAAGCGCUUGCAAUACUGCCGCUCCCAUGUGCUGGCUCAUGCUUAUUGUCUUCACCUGGAGAUCAUGAAGCUGGCCUGCUCUGGCAUCACUGUCAAUCACAUCUGCGGGCUCUUUGUUGUGGCCUGCACUGUGGGUAUGGACUCCCUGCUCAUCUUUCUCUCAUACUCCGUCAUCCUUCGCACCGUGCUCAGCAUUGCAUCCCUCCAGGAGCGACUCCGAGCCCUCAACACCUGUGUCUCUCAUAUCUGUGCUGUACUGCUCUUCUACAUCCCCAUGAUUGGCUUAUCUCUUGUGCAUCGUUUUGGUGAACAUCUGCCCCGCGUUGUACACCUCCUUAUGUCCUAUGUGUAUCUGCUGGUACCACCCCUCAUGAACCCCAUUGUCUGCAGCAUCAAGACCAAGCAAAUUCGCCAGUGCAUCAUUAAGAAGUUUCAGUUUAUAAAGUCACUUAGGUGUUUUUGGAAGGAUUAA